UGUCAAUCAAUAUAACCUUAGAAACACAUGUUAUUGAUUAAACAAAAACGGUAAAAACUCAAAGGUCUCAAAACAGUGUGUAAUUCGAUGAAUACUACAAUUCAGCGCUAAAAUAUUGUGAAAAUAGGAAGUAAAAAAAGACGAAAAGAUAAUGGAUGUUCGAAAUAUUUUAGAAAAAAUCGGUUGGACAAAUGGGUUUCAUGUUCCAAUAGCAAACGCUGAAAAUCAAGCUCUUGAAGAAGAAGUCAAACGCUUAACCGAUAGAAAAGCUAAGGCGAAAAUAAAUUUCGACGAUGCUACCGCUAAGUGUGAGUCGAUGGACAAACAUUUGAAAUAUAUUAAACAGGAAUCCGAACAAAAUCAGAAACUUAUGACGGCAUACACUCAACAAAUUGCAAGUGAAAGACAACGUUUAAUAGAAUCAAAAUCCCAACAAGAACGAAUCAAUCAAGAAAUGCGGCAAAUUAAUAAACAUAUUGAAGAUAUUGAACACAGACAAUCAGGAAAACGUGCGGAUCUCGCAAAAACAUUGGCAAAAAUCGAUAAAUUAAAAUCGGAAACAAUAUGGGAUGUGGAAGCUUUAAAAGCAUGGGAAGAAUCGUUAAAGAAACGUGAUGACGAUGUAGAUAUGUUAAAAAAAUUUUCGCAAGAAGAUACCCGAAGAAUUAAUGAGUUGGAUACAAAACGGCAACUUUUAGAAGUAGAAGUGUGCCAAAAAAGGGACACCGUCGAACGAAUGGUUGCCGAAGUUAGAAAUUAUGAGCAAAUGCAAGAUAGAACAAACAAACUAUUUAAGCAAUUAGAAGAAGAAAGAAAAGCUUUAGUCAUUCAAUGGCAAGAUGCCGUUAAAAAUUUAAGACAAAGAGAUGAAGAGAUUGCAAAAAUGAAUGACGAUAUUAUGCUAACCCAGGCUAUUAUAGACGAAAGAGAUGCAGAGUUAAGAGAUGAAGAGAAAUUUUUACUCAAUGAAAAAGCGAAUAAUAGAAAGCUCGAAAUAGAAAUUGAAGAAUUAAACAUAUUUAAUUCGAGACUGAGAUUGCAAUUAAAUGAAGUUACUCAAAGCAUUUUAACACUUGGAAAUGAUAUAACUACAAUAAAACGUACAUUAGCGUCAACUGCAUUAAAACUCGACCAAGAACGCCAAUUAGUUAAAGAACAAGAAAAAACACUCGCUACAAACGAAGCGAAAAUAAACGGAGCUGCUGUAAUAAACGAAGAAUUAAAUAAUAAACUUGCCGAAGUUUUAUCGAAAACUUUAUCAUCAACCGAACGUACAAAAAGUUUAAACGAUAUGAUCAAAGUUGAUGAAAUGAUGACGAAAAAUUUAACUACGGACAUUGAAAAAAUGUUGGGAAUCGUUUAUCGUAGUCAAAUAGCUCUCGAAGAUUUAAAAGAAUUCGCAAAACGUUUCGAUAUUGAAAUUACCGGAAUAAAUGUUGCCAAAAAGAAAAUGCAAAAACAAAUCAAAUUGAAAAUGAACGAAGUCGCCGCACAAAAAGAGAUGCUGUAUCAUGUAGAAUAUCGUAAAAAUGAAAUGGAAGUUAAAAUUGGAAAUAUCGAAAAUCUAAAUAAAGACGAUGAAAAAACGGAUAUUUUAAACGAGAAAAUUGCAGAGUUAGAGGAAAUUUUUGCCCAGCACAACGAGGUUAAAACGUUUUUAACGGGGCAAGUUAAUCGGUUAGACGAUGAAAUGAGGCGAUUAAAUACUGCGAUAUCUAAUGAUAAAGCUAAGUUGGAUACGUUAAAAAAUAAAUUACAAGAUGAAAUGUUAUCCUUUGAUGGGGGUCUUAAACAAGCUGCAGCCGCAAAAUUACGAGCACAACAGAAACAGGUUGAAGAAAAUAUGAUACGACUAAAAGUUAAUCAAUUAGAGAAAGCAAUUAGUAAAGAAGAACAUCAUAUUUAUGAUUUACAAAAGUUUAAAUUAGAAUUAGAUACGUCUUUGAAAGAAAGACAAAUCGAAAUUGCAACCCACCAAGACAUUCUACAAGCGGAAAGACGAAACCUUGAAGAAUCCCGAAGUCGCUUAAAAGCCGAUUUAUCAUUAAGGAAAAUACGUAUUGAACAAUUUCAAAAGAAACAUCAUUUAGCUUUGAUGGCUUUGGGUAAAGACGAUGAUGGUCAACCUUUAUCGAUUACUCACAUUAAAAUACGGGAAGCCCAAGAACGGUAUGAAUUGCAACAAGAAGGUGACGAAUUGGAUAAUAAAGUUAAAAGAACUGAAAAGGAAAUUCUCGCAAUGGAAAAUACAUUAAAAGUUGUUAACAUGACGAAUACUGUUUAUAGAAAAAGUUUAGAACCCUUUGAAGAAGAUAAUAAGGAUCGUUUAGAAACGACAAGACUCGAACAGGAAAUAUGUAAUAACGCCACAGUUAUAAAGCAAUUGAAAAAAGCGUUAACUGGCAAACGAAAAGAUUUGAUGAGAAUUCAAGAUGCAUUAAAUGAUAUUCAAGAGACCCACAAAAAAAGAAUGGAGUGUUUCGAAAAUGUACAAACAGUAUAUACACGUUUAAAAAACGAACGAACUUCGCGUGAGGAAAGACUUCACAACGCACAUCAUAAUGCUAAAAAAUACAAAAGACAAGUUUCAAAGGAAGAUUUAGAAAAACCAGAAGUAAUUUUUAAAAUUAUAUAA